AUAAACACAUGGUCACACUGGCCCACAAGUGAAGCAAGUUGGCCCGCCCGUUCGCAGUCAGCUGUUUUUAGUCGCGUAAUAAUUCUUGGUUAAAAUAAAAAUGAUAAAAACGCGUAUUUUUCGAUUAAUUCGGGAUACACGUUUAAGCGUGCCUAUUUUACGUGGCUUUCAUCAUGAAUUCAGCAAACCUGAACCGCAGAAAAAUGCAAAACUUGUUGAAAAGGAACAACAAUCGUUUGUAGCUGGCGGCGUGCAAAAUAAAUACAAAGUCUUCCGCGAUGAUGAAGCACUGGAAAUCUUCGAUGUGGAGGAGGCUCGUUAUCAGGAGCAAGAUCUGCCACAAGAUGCCCAAGAGGAUCAGUAUAUGGGUCUUAAUUUGAAGAGAGGUAUUCGCGGCGUCUUCGAUGUUGAGGAUUUGGUUGAGCUACUGCGCAAGGAGAAUGUGGAUGAUAUAUUUGUUUGCUAUGUGCCCGAGGAACUUAAGUAUGUGGAUCAUCUAGUUGUUUGUAGCGGACGCAGCUAUCGCCAUAUGUUGGCCACGGCGGAAUUUGUGCGCCGCAUGUUCAAGAUUAAGCGUUCCAAAGGGGACAUACUGCCUCGCAUCGAGGGCGAGAAAAGUCGAGAUUGGAUGGCCAUGGAUUUGGGCAACAUUGCUCUGCACAUCUUUUCGCCCCAGGCUCGCGAGGAUUAUGAUCUGGAAUCGCUAUGGGCCAUUGGUCCGCAAUACGAUCACGAAAGCCAAAAGCCACAGAAUCCACUGGGCAACAUAUUUAUAGCCCAGCUGCCCCAGCCCGAAGCCUAGUUUGUUAAAUAUAAAUGAAACUGUUUUUUUAA